AUGCACGAUUUGCGCAAGCAAGUGCUCCUUGAGAGCGGCAAGACGCUGUCGAAAAAGGCAAAGGCCAAGCAGGCUAUGGGCUCUGCCGCCAGUUCAAAGCAAAACUCGCCCAACGCCUCGAGAGCUGGCUCCAGAGUCGCUAGCCGCCAGGCCUCGGAUGAUGAGGCUGAUUUCAGCGACUCGACGACUCAGUUCAGGUAUGUAUCUGUUUGA